UUGGCAGGGCGCGGGCGAUACUUCGGACUGGACUGUGUAAUAUAUAAAUACCAUUUCCGAUACGCGAAUUUAUUCAUUUUUAGUUCCACUUUUGUUGUGUUAACAAGUACCUAAUAUAAUAUAGAACGAAUUAAAAAUGAAAUACUCUGUUGUGGUUUUUUGUUGUGUUGCAUUAGCGACGUACGGUAGCUCAAACGCAUCUCCCCCGUCGUCAGUGAACUCGAAUUUAGGCCGCAAUGAUCCCCGCCAACGACGUGAAAUCCCCGACGAAUGUCGUAUGCAUUUCCAUCGUCCUCCUCACCAUCACGACUCGAGCGAUGAAUCCGGAGAAAAGGUGACACCGCCUCCUCCUCCUCCAGUAUGUUGCGAGCUCCCUGACUUGAUGAGUUCGUUCAGUGAACCCGAAGUUUUUGGUAAAUGUCAUCGUUACGUUCACGAAACUUUGAAUCCUGGUGGUAGACGUGGUCAUCAUCGUCAUGGUUCUUUCAAACCAGGAGCGAAAAAAUCUGAAAGAGUAGCUCGCGAUGUCGAAGAAACCGAAGAUGUAAAUGCGAACAAAGAUUCCCAUGUUGAUAGAUUCCAAGAAAAGAAAGAAUGCUUCAUGAGCUGCGUUUUCAAUUCAACUGGUCUCCUCACCGAUGAUGCUUUCAACGAAGAAUUAUUGACCAAAAAAAUGAACGAAGCUGUUGGCAAUGAUACCAAAUGGGCUUCCAUCGUUGAUCCUGCUUUCAAAAAGUGUCUCGCCGCUGCUAAAGAAGCUAACAGCCAAUCGCAAAAGACCUGCAAAGCUGGCCCAGCUGAAUACAUGAAAUGUUUCACUCGAGAAUUGUUCUUCAACUGCCCCAGCGACAUUUGGACUACCAGCCCAGCAUGUACCGAAUUCAAAGAGAAAUUGGAAAAAUGCCCAAAUUUGAUGCCAUUCCCUCCCCACCGUCCCCAUCAUCAUGGUCACCACCACCAUCACCAUCAUCAUAACAAACAUCAUCGCAAACCCAACCACAGCGAUGAAAAACCCGAAGAACCAUAAUUUUAAAAAUGGUAACUUAACUCGACUUAGUUCGUUAAUUAAAUCUAAUUAAUUUAGAUUUUUGUGAUUUUUCGUAAUAAUAAUGAAUUUCAUUUGUAA